AUGGAAUAUAACAUUAAAAAAGUAUCCCUGAAAAUACCAUUUCCUACAAAUCAUUACGCAAAUAUCACGCAUAAAGUACUCAACGUUGAUAAAGAUUUAAAGGGUAUUAAAAAAGAAAUUGUUGUUGAAGAUAAUAAUUUGAUCAUUUACUAUGAAGGCGCUGACUAUAAAUUUAUAAGGUCAGCUUUGAAUGCGGCACUUAAAAAUGUAGUAACAGUGUUACAAACAAUUCAAAUGUUUUAG